GCAGACCUGCUGCAACUUGCGCGUUUCUUGCUGUGUAGGCUGAAACAUGUAUGCUUGAAUGAUUAUUAUACUGCCAUCUGUCAAUGAAAUCAAGUGACAAGAGUUUGUUUAUUUUUAAUAGGUGGUAUUUGCUGCGACAGUGUAUUCGUGACAUUUCCAGGACACAUUUUAUAAAUUCCUUGAACAUGUCUACAGAAGAUAAGAAUUUUGGCCAAAAAAUACAGUCCCCUUUAUUGAAAGAUGUUUUAACCCCAGAAUUGCUUACAGUUACAACUGCCUUUCAAGAGAGUGGCUACGAUAUUCGUCUUGUCGGCGGGGUUGUCAGAGACUUGCUUCUUGACGUACCCUCAAAGGAUAUAGACCUGAGUACAAAUGCCACUCCAGAACAAAUGAAAGAUGUAUUUAGCAAAAGAGGAAUCAAGUUUAUAGAGACUGGUUUGGAGCAUGGAACGUUAACUGCGCAUAUUAACCAUCUUGACUUUGAAGUCACAACAUUGAGAUACGACACAGAACAAGACGGGCGGUGGGCGAAAGUUGUUUUCACUAAUGAUUGGACACUUGAUGCAGAACGACGGGAUCUUACAAUCAAUGCAAUGAGCAUGGAUACUGAAUGCACCUUAUAUGAUUACGUCAGCGGUGUAGAGGAUCUCAAAUGCCGUCGGGUUAGGUUUGUAGGAGAUUCAAGACUGAGAAUCAAAGAAGAUUACCUGCGGAUUCUGCGAUAUUUUCGUUUUUAUGGUCGUAUAGCAACAGGUGCAGAUAAACAUGACGAAGAAACACUUAAAGUGAUUAAGGAAACGGCGUUUGGUUUGGAGAAAAUUGCUGUUGAAAGGAUAUGGAUGGAACUGUCCAAGAUAUUGGUUGGAAACUUCGCUCCUUCCAUAAUGAAGCAUAUAUAUGACCUUGGUGUGGCUAAGCAUAUAGGUAAUAUUAUAAACUAGGUACGCGGACGUUUGGCCCGACAGACAUUAGGCCGACUGACUUUUGGCCGACAGAUGUUUUGCCGACAGGACAUUUCACCGACAAAACGUUUCGCCGACAAAAAAUUUCAUUGUAAUUUAAUGCAUAAAAUAACUGUGAACGUGCAAACAUUUAUUGUAUCAUAUAAUCUUUCACACAUAUUUACAGGUUGUGCAAUAACACACAUUUAUAAGUUAGGUGCUAUUCUCAUUAGCACGUAUAUAGUCCAAAAGGACGUGGACGUUUAAGUCCAAAUCCCUUACACAAUGGCUUUGAGUCCGUACCUGAGUGAUCCUUUCGUUUUUAGUUAUAAAAAGAGACAUCACCCGUAGCAUUAUUUUAGAAAAUAAAUUUCCAAAAGUCCUAUCGGUUAAAUGUCCUGUCGGCAAAAUGUCUGUCCUGUCAGCCAAAUAGACCUUAUGCAUAAUGACGUCACAAGGCUUGAUGCACGCGAGGAAUACUGGUCUUAGUCAGGGACGCCGGAACGAUGUGAAGGCAAGGGGGGCAGAUUUUCGUGAAAGGGCACUUUUGAAUUGAUAUAUACUAAGAGAUGUUUGCAAAACAUCGGGAGUUGAACUUCGUCUAAUCAUGUUUUCUAUUUAUUGGAUGAUAGGGGUGUGAGGGGGUUCUCCACCAGGCGAUUGUGCUAUUCUUGAAGCUCGAUGAUGGCAUUUCUUGCGUUUUCUGAAGCAAAUUCGUAAAAGAAUCGCACUGACAUUUCUGACAAUUCGCUAUUUCGCCAAGGCAAUCCUUUAAAUUGAAAGGGCACCUUUGCCCCCCUUGCCCCUCCUGGUAAAGGGCAACGGGGGCGGCUGCCCCUCCUGCCCCCCCCCCCCCAGUUCCGGCGUCCCUGGUCUUAGUAGUCAUCGCCUGGAAAAAUUUCGAUAGUGGCCAUUUUGAAUUGUUUAAUUUUCCCGGGCGAUGACUACUAAGACCAGCAUUCCUCGCGGGCAUCAAGCCUGUGACGUCAUUAUGCGUAAGGUCUAUUCUGUUUGUUGAUGAAAUCAUUUUACUAUGGUGAGAAUGAGAUGAGCGACCACAUUUACUUAAAUGUGUUUCUUUCUUGAAAACAGGAAACGUUAUGUGCAGUGUAUACACAGUAACUAUGUGAUAAUGAUAUUUUUUAAAGAUAAUGUAAAUUAUUUCACGACAACUUUUUGAGUAGAAAGUAGUAUAGUCUGUUGUAUUUUCACGCAAAGAAGUUGCCGGCUAUCAAAAUUUAAAGUUUUGAAUAAGAGUAAGGAAGGCUAAGGGCGGGCAGGCAUUAAAAUGUGCGAGUGUGCAAAUCUCUUUUUAACACUGUUUAGGUUACAAAAUCUAAAAAAAGAUGCUUGCAGUCACAAGAAUAUUUAAUGAGCUGACUAACAACGACCGUGCUCCACCAUGGCCGGAUCUUGAGGGGAGGUGUGGGGAGGUGCGCACCUCCCCUGAGAUCGUUUAAUUUGCACCUCCCCUGAGCAUUUUUGCACCUGCUCUGAAAAGUCCUGCACCUCCCCUUUGGAAAGUUUCAAUGAUAGAUCAAAGUAAAACUUUGACAUUUUUUGUUGCUUAUAGGGUCUACACUUCGUAAGAAAGUUUCUCUGUAAAAUUGAAACAGUGCUAGCUAUUCAUCUCUAUGUCAAGUACCCUUUUAGUAAUUGUAAUGAAGGGCAAAAUGCCAAAAUUGGAUGAGUUGUACAGUCAUAAUUCAUUAUACACUGAUACAUAAUGUACACUACAUGCAUACGCCAGGUUGUUGAUUUUGACCGGUUCUAGGCCUUAACUUUCUAUGGGGGUCAUAAGCUAGACCGCUGCACCUCCCCUAAUUUUUUUUCCACCUCCUCCACUAUUUCCACCAAAAUCCGGCCUUGUGCUCCACUAGACCUAACCAAAGAGCCAGGGCCAAAGGAAAAUGAGAAGUUUAUAUAUAUUGCAAUUAAUUUGAUUUGAUAAUUAUUUUAUCUUAUUAUAUCUUUUUCUUAUUAUAUAGGCCUUCCAGACGUAUGUCCAGCAAAGCUUGAAAAAUUUGAAACGGUAUGGUGUAGAAUGAAAAAUUAUACGCCUCAGGCAGUUACAUUAUUGGUAUCACUAGUCGACGAUGUAGAAAUCGUUGAUUUGCUGGCGAAGAAAUUAAAACUAUCCAACGCAGAAAAACAACUUGGCAAGUUUGUUGCAACUCAUAGAGAGCUACCUGAUCAUGCAGACUUUCCACUUAAGCCAUAUCAAGAUAUCCUGGUGUGCUGCCCAGUAAAAUGUGUUGAACAGCUUCGUCGUCAGGUUGUCGAGUUACUAUAUUAUAAAGGUAAAUCUGAACUGGUUAAGGACAUCACUGAAUGGCAAAUACCAGAGUUCCCAGUCAAUGGAAAUGAUUUAAAACAGUAUAAUAUUAAGCCUGGACCAAACUUUGGCAAAAUAUUAAACCGUCUUAAAGAAAUGUGGAAGGAAAGUUAUUAUACGUUGUCAAGGCAAGAACUUCUUGAGAAAGUGAACGGAUUACUGCAAAACUAGUUGUUAUAAUUAAAGGAGACUGCAAUACUAUUGAAUGUGGUAAAGGCCAGUUUCCACGACAGCGAAAUUCUUCGUUUUAUUUUCUAUCAGACUGAGUGUGAUUAUAUAGUUCUAUAGUACAUGAAACAAAGAAAUACGCCGUUUCAAUUACGAAAUGGUAUAAAGCUUGUUCCACCUCAACCGUAUAUAUACAUGUCGUAUCGCGACAUAGCGUAAUUUCUGUUUCCUAAGAACUCGUGUGGACGUUGAUAUGGUAAAAGUAGAAAACAGGCUAAAAUGGAAACAGACAACAGUCUGUAAGAAGUCAUACAUUAUAUAGGCCUACGCGUCUAUAUAGGCAUGCCGAAGCAGCAGCCAAACUUAACUGGCUAUUUUUGACAUUUUUGUGUGUGUUUUUCUCGAAUACCACUGGUAUUGUGUAUAUUAACUGUAACACGUUCCUGUAAUUUCUGUUUUUAAAAUGUUUGGAAGUAUUUAUCUGGGAAAUUUGUCAUGCAAGACAAGUAAACUCGCCAAGUUCAUCUAGAGUCAGUUGUAUCCACAUUUUUCGCACAUAAUAUAUUAGGUUAUAGGGAUGUGAUUGUGGUCAAGAUAAUAAAAAAUAAAUAUAUUCGUGCGCGAAACGUGAGGAUAUAUGUUACCGAUAAUACGUCAUUGGUUGUUCGUCUUUGUUUUGGUUUAGGUAUAUGCUCCCUUUCUCGUCACGUAUACGUGUUGUACAGACAAUGGACCAUUUGCCUUAUAGACUAAAUUUUGAUAUCUAAACAAGUCUAUAUAGACAAAAAUUGCAUCACAG